CUGGUUAUUGUGCAUUCCACUGGAGUUUACUCACACCAUGUAUCCUGGUGUCAGUGUCCUGGAGCUGAGAUGGACAGACACCUACAUCUCCUAAAAGUGAGGUUAUUUCCUGCCAGCAUCACUUGCCCUCAAUCUGCUUUCACUUUCAACAUUCUGGAUAACUCCCUCAUAGACACUUUGGAGUGCAAAACCUCAGCUAUGAGUUUCUAUCAAAAGCUAUGUCAUUUCACCAACAAUGCUUUCCCUCAUAAAAUACCUGAUUGUUACUGUGAACUAAUGCAGGUGUCCCAUAUAUGGAGGGAUUUGAUGAAUAGAAUAUGGUUUGGUUUUGGACACAAGACAGACAGAUCUCCUGGCCCAGGGGAUUUAGCUCUUUAUUGUCCAACAUGUCCCCAACCUGGCAUCAACUUACCCUCAUCUUGGAAGGAUUCCUAUGAUGAUUGGUUGGUAACACAAAGAUAUGUUGUCGAUGGAAAUUUUACAGCACAACAUAUGAAGAUGAAGACUCCAGAAGAUGAUGUUUCACUGGCAGAUGGAAAGGGAUACAUGGUAACAGAGGGACCUUAUGAAACUCACAUAACAGAAUCUAAAUCAUCUUGUAGCAAUCACUGUGCUGUGAAUGCAGCCAAUGUUCAGAGAAGCAACCUAAGAGCUACAGGUGUUGGGGCAACAGCAUGUGCUAGGCAUGGAUAUUUUGUUCCUCAUGCCAUAGUAGACUUUCAGAAGGGCAAAUGGCAAAUGAACAUGGACUAUUCCAUUUGCAAUGCAUUGAAAUAUCCAUCAGAAGAUAUCAGCAGUGCACUCAUAAUCUAUGAUGUUGCAUGCCAGUGGAGCAUCCACUUCUAUGAAUGGGCAGAUCAGAGCUAUCACCUGUCUGUUCCUCAAUCAAUAAAAAUUUUGCCAGCAAUUGGCAAGUUUCAUUUGAGUGCCCAUAAGCUACCAUGCUUUGCCAGAUUCAGCCUCAAUUUUAUUACAGGAGCUGGUCAUGUUGAUGGAGAAAUCUUGGAGACCCUCUGGGCUCCAUUUAACAAGAUUUCUCCAACUACGAGAUCCAUGACUCUCUCUCACAGAAAGGAAGUCUUGGACGACCAUAUGAGGGAUUCUAAUUGGAGGGAGCUUAUUGGAAUU